AUGGGAAAGAGCAGGAAAAUUCAUCCUGAUGUGGCAUUUCCCGUGUUGAGCUAUUACCCCAAGGAGCUCACCGGCUACCAGAAAGACGAUGCCCAAAGUCUGCUCAAGAAUUUGGAGUCUAACAUACAGGACCCCUUGGAAGGCGGCUCACCGUCCAGGAGGAGGAAGAGAGAAACACAGACAUCAAAGGAGGAGGCUGUGGACCCGCUGGCCGACGGCUCCUCCAACCCGUCUCUGCACGAAAACUUAAAGCAGGCCGUCUUGCCGAACCAGCCGGUGGAGGCGUCCCCCUGCAGCAGCCUGGAGAGCCUGAGCCAGGCGGAGAAGGACGACAGCAGCUCCUUGUCCAGCGUCCGGUCGGCGGCCAGUGAUGACAGGUUCCUCAGCCGCCCCUUCGUCCGGGUCAACAGCUUCCCCGAGGUGCUGGUCUGUGAGAGUGUGGACCUGGACUUCUGUAUCUAUAACCUGCACCUAAAGGAUCUGCUGCAUCUGGACACGGCGCUGAGGCGGGAGAAGCACAUGAUGUUUAUUCAGAUUUUAAAAAUGUGCCUCCUUGAUCUUCUUCCUAAAAAGAAGUCUGAUGAUGACUUAUACCAGAGGAUUCUUUCAAAACAAGAAAAUGACUUGGAGGAAUUAGAAAAAGGACUUCAGGCCAAACUGUCAAACACAGAAAUGUUCGGGACUGCUGAUUCUGAAUACAUCACUCUGGCAGACGUGGAAAAGAAAGAGCGCGAGUACUCUGAGCAACUAAUAGAUAACAUGGAAGCUUUCUGGAAACAGAUGGAAAACAUCCAGCCCUUUCUUAUGGACCAGUUUAAGUGUUCCAGCUCCAAAGCCCGGCAGCUCAUGGUGACGCUCACGGAAAGAAUGAUUGUGGCCGAAGGGUUGUGGCGUGACUCUCAGGAUUUGCAGGCGCUGGUACGCUGGGCGGGGGAGACGCAUUUUCACAAACGCCCGCGAUGCAGCCGCCGAGAACAUACCGUCGUGUCCACGUACAAGUUCCUUUCUGUCCUCGGCGUGCUGGACGGCGGGCACGGCAGGUGCUCCCGUCGAGCCGAGCCACCCGCUGGGGUCCGCGUGCUGUCUCAUGACGUCACCGAGCCCAGCAACAAGCCUCGAGCUUUGCCUUCCAAACCCUUGUGCCGCCUCCCGGGCCCGGCCGCCCGCACCCCCCUCCGUGGCCUGGGAGGGCUGCGCCCCAGGCCAGGCCACCGCUCACUCACCCCUGCCGAAGCGCUCCGCCUCUGCCCAGAAGGCCUUGUGCUGCUGGGCGAGCAGCUCCUCCUUCUGCCGCGCGGAGAGCCUCCCCUCCAGGGCCAGCAGCUCCAGGCUGCGGGACAGCGCGGCCAGCCGGCACCUAGUCUCCUCCUGGACUUGCAGCCUCAGGACCUCGAUCGCCUUUGCCAUGUGCGCCCGCCCCAUUGUUCUCUCCAGGGUGUCCUGGGAAGAGAAACAGCCCGGGUCAGUGCCCUGCGUGUGCCUCUGCCGACGGCAACGGGCCACGUCCGCCCUGGUGCCCACACCGCUGGAGAGUGCAGGCGGACCACCGGGCUCUCCUUCUGCGCCUCCUUGGAUGUGGACAAAAUCACCCCUUCUGGGGACGUGGAGAGGCCGACACGGGAGUUUGUCCGGCGAGGCAGAGACCUGGUCAGAGUGUCACUGGCUCACCAGGCGGAGGGGACAGCGGAGCUCAAGUUGGCUCAAGAAGAGGAACAGAGGGGCUUCCUGGCCGAGGCACAGCUGACCUCCGACCCGGGCGAGUUCCUCCAGGCUUUCCAUGAAGUCCUGGAGAGGCAGAGGUUGACCCAGAGUUGCCUGGAGGAGGAGGAGGACGUCAGAACCACCAAGGCCGUGGCUGGGCUCUGCCAGGCAAGGAUGGAACGCCCAUUGGUCAUCACUGCCGGAGGAAUGGGCAGCGCAGACGGAAGGGCCUGGCCGCCUCAGUGGCCUCCAGGAGAUACAUCUGCUUCAUUAAGGGCCUGUGGGGACACCGCAGUGACCACAGCCCGGACCCUCCAGCGGCGUCCUUGCAGUGUCGUGCAUUUGGUUUCCCUGGGCCCGGGUCUGGUCGCUGGGUCCGUGAGAGCUCGGGCGUACAAGGCGCCACAACAGACCACUCACAAGAAGAGAAAUGAUCUAAUAGAUGGAGCCGGGACAGUCAGCGUCCAGGUGUGGAUGGAGGAGCAUUCCCUGGCCGCCGAGCUGCAGACGCACCUGCGGGAUGGCCACGAGGGCGUCGUCCACCAAGUCUUGGGCCGACUCAGUGGCCUCAGUGAAGAGUCCAUGUGCUGCAUCCUGCAGGGGCACGACCUGCUCCUGCGCUCGGCUCUGCGCAGGCUGGCCCUCCGGGGCAGCGCCCUCACCGCCCUGGCCCACAUGAGACUCGCCGGGAAGAAGACCCUUCUCCAGGAGCUGCGGGAGCAGCUGGCCCUUGAGCAGGGCUCCUCCCAGUGUCUGGACGAGCACCAGUGGGAGCUGCUGAGGGCCUUGGAGGCGCGAGUCAUGGAGGAGGCCAGCCGGCUGGAGGACGAGCUGCAGCAGACGCGGCUGCAGCUCCAGCAGCAGCUCCUGACCGAGGCCCAGGAGGUGGGGCGGCUCCUGCAGCAGCGCACGGAGCGGGCCGUCGGGCAGGCGCUGCUGGCCCACGCGCGGAACGCCGCCACCAAGAGCCGGACCAAGGACAGGGACGACUUCAAGAGAGCGCUGAUGGAGGCGGCUGUGGAGAGCGUCUACGUGACCGGCCCCGGCGUCGGCCGGCCCGUGCAGGCCUACUACCAGCAGAUGCGGAGGGUCAUGCAGGGCCACGAGGAGAGGAGGCUUCAGCACCUGAAGACCCUGCAGGGCGAGAGAACGGAGAAUUACAAGGAGCGGACGAAGCAGGGGCACGGGGACCCCCCGCCCGGGAGCAAGGUGGAGAACGGAGCUGGCGGAGGCCGGGAGGCUGUCCACCGCAGGAUGGCGACGCGGCAGAAGUUGUUUCUGGCCCAGUUCACCGCGCACCAGCAGGCCCGUCUGGACGCUUGGAAGCAGAAGGUGAGGGCUGCGGACCACCUGGAAGCCCAGCUGGAGACCCAGCUGCAGGAGGCCGAGCAGAGCUUUGUCUCGGAGCUGGCGGCAUUGGCCCGGGUGCCCCUCGCCGAGAGCAGACCGUUUUCAAGCAAGCGCGGCUCGUCAGAGAAGCCUGUAAGGACGAGAAGGAAGAAGCCCCCGCCCCGGGAGAAAGGACCUGCCGACGAGGACCCUGCCGCAGGGGGCGCCCCCUCCGGAUAGCUCAGCAGCAAAUGGGCGAACCAGCAAGAAGGCGAAGCAGGCGACGGCGAGGACCCCAAGAAGCUGCUAAAGGAAGGAAGCAAUUCAUAGUUUCCAGUUUGGGCCGGGGCCGACGUGGGAGACCCGGCUGGGAGGCUGCCCGCACACCCCCCACCCCGCCCCGGCUGAGGAAGACGGUGAAGCCAC